AGUAUCGUCGAUGUGGACUUCGACUUCUUCGACAUCUCAACGGUGGACUUCAUUGCGAUAAAACGAAUGCUCACCCAGCUUUUCCAGUCGGAUUCCGAGCUAGUAAAUGUGCAUGAUCUGGCACAUCUCAUAGUAUCACAAGAGCUCCCAGGUACAACUGUCAAAACCGAUGGCAUUGAUGGAGAUCCGUACGCAUUUCUGACUGUUGUGAAUCUGAAUGCGUGCUGGGAUCAUCCCGCGAUAAGCGCUCUAAGCAAUUAUCUGCUAGCGAAAUGUGAAGACGACACUACAUUAUUGCAAAUAUUACGGCCUUCACGCGAUCCUUCAAGCACCUCCCACAUUGGGCUAAUACUAUCUGAGCGUUUGAUAAACAUGCCCAUUCAAGUGGUUCCCCCCUUGUACCGGAUGCUUCGAGAUGAGAUGAAGACUGCCAUUCGUGAGGAUAAGCCUUGUCUUUUCAGCUACUAUGCGAUGGUUUCCAGAACAUACCAUAUGCCGCACGAGGACGGUCAUGUGGACAGUGGAGCGGAAAGUGGCCCCCCAGCGAAACGUCCAAGGGCCACAAGCAACAAACACAAUCCUAGGUUUCAUUCGUAUCACCAUGAAGACGACGUGUGGGAAGAGCUCGGGCAAGGGAGUCACCAUUUCAGAUAUACACACCACAACCCUCAAGAAGUGGAUUCGUUCGGAGCAGAGGUAGGGGGGAAAUUGACGCUGUUGUCAGCGGAGCAUUUCUCUACGCUAGUUGAUGUCAUUCAGCAGCGUUAUUCGUCAACCUGAGUGCUUGCAGGGAAAUGGUCAUUGGCUCAUUCGCCCUGCGUUCCAGACUACAAAUCCUGUAAUUAACAAGGCCACUGCGAGAUCAUCUGCUAUUCUUUGUGCCAUGUUAAUGUAUUGGACCGCGGUGGUUAUUCCGGUGGUAUAGGGUUGGGAUAGCAAUGGCAAAACUGCAGAAAUGAUGCCAGGGACUGUCGUGUCGAUAAGCCCGCACAUCAUGUAAAGUGCAUACCAAACAAUUUCGAGUGCUGCAAAGCUUUGGAAUAGGCCCUGGCCCAAAGUCAGCGCAUCAAAAAGGAGGAAGAAUGAUACUUACUGCAGGUUGAGAGAGAUUUGGUGAAUGGUGCUUCAAUGUGCUCCAAGAGGAAUUACCUGUCUGUUCUGGCCCAUAUCGUGACACGAAGAAUAUCGAUAACAUGAUCACUGAAGCUAGACGGAUGAG